AUGAAAAUACAUACUGGAGAAAAACCUUUUUCAUGUAAUAUCUGUGAAUAUAAAUGUAUAGAAAAAAGUUAUUUGCAAAGGCAUAUGAAAAAACAUACUGGAGAAAAACCUUUUUCGUGUAAUAUCUGUGGAUAUAAAUGUAUUGAUAAAAGUAAUUUGUGGUAUCAUAUGAAAAUUCAUACUGCAGAAAAACCUUUUUCGUGUCAUAUCUGUAAAUAUCAAUGUAUUCAAAAAAGUCAAUUGCAAUCACAUAUGAAAAUACAUACUGGAGAAAAACCUUUUUCAUGUAAUAUCUGUGAAUAUAAAUGUAUUCAAAAAAGUGAUUUGCAAAAGCAUAUGAAAAUACAUACUGGAGAAAAACCUUUUUCGUGUCACAUCUGUAAAUAUCAAUGCAUUCGAAAAAGUCAUUUGCAAUCACAUAUGAAAAAACAUACUGGAGAAAAACCUUUUUCAUGUAAUAUCUGUGAAUAUAAAUGUAUAGAGAAAAGUAGUUUGCAAAGGCAUAUGAAAAUACAUACUGGAGAAAAACCUUUUUCAUGUAAUAUCUGUGAAUAUAAAUGUAUUCAAAAAAGUUAUUUGCAAACACACAUGAAAAUACAUACUGGAGAAAAACCUUUUUCGUGUCAUAUCUGUAAAUAUCAAUGUAUUCGAAAAAUGGAUUUGCAAAGGCAUAUGAAAAUACAUACUGGAGAAAAACCUUUUUCAUGUAAUAUCUGUGAAUAUAAAUGUAUUCAAAAAAGUGAUUUGCAAAUGCAUAUGAAAAUACAUACUGGAGAAAAACCUUUUUCGUGUCACAUCUGUAAAUAUCAAUGCAUUCGAAAAAGUCAAUUGCAAUCACAUAUGAAAAUACAUACUGGAGAAAAACCUUUUUCAUGUAAUAUCUGUGAAUAUAAAUGUAUAGAGAAAAGUAGUUUGCAAAGGCAUAUGAAAACGCACACUUGA